GUGUUCUGCAGGAAGUUCAGCAGCAUGCUGCAACCAUAGAGUGCGGACAGUCGGUCCCAUCCGGCAACCUGGAUGGAUAGCUACUCCCUCCUUUACAGCUCGUCCCACAGAACCGAGCUGCUCGGGCGCUUCCAGCAGCUUCGCUCGGACAGGAAGAUGUGCGACGUGGUGCUAGAAACGGACAACGCCUCCUUCCCCUGCCACCGGGCCCUUCUGGCCAGCUCCAGCGAUUAUUUCUGGGCGCUGUUCGGGGACUCCACAGCAGAGAGAUCAGCGCCGUCUAUAAGGCUCCCGGCGCUGACGGCCGAGGGUUUAGACGCCAUUUUGGACUUCCUGUACUCCGGUUGGCUCAGGGUGUCACCGAACACACUCCCUGACGUUCUGGAGGCGGCGAGGUACCUGCAAGUGGACACGGCCGUGACCAUAUGCGAGCGCUACAUGACCGAUGGGCUCAGUGCUGAAAACUGCUGCAGCUACGCUAACCUAGCGGAGCAUCAUGCGCUUCCUGAUGUGCUGGACGCCGCCAACUUUACCAUCGCCAUGGAGAUGGCCAAGCUGCUGCGGGAAAGAAGAGAUGACCUCCUCGGAUUGAACGUCCAUUCGCUCAUGGCGGUGCUGGAUGCCGAUGAAAUCCCAGCAGUCAAGGAAGUGGAGCUCGUCAAAGUGGCUUUGGAUUGGCUGAAUGAGAACGGGCCCCUCCCACUGCUGCAAUCCAACCUCCUGCUAAGUCGUCUGCGCUUCGGAUUGGUCGCUCCUUCCGACCUAGCACACCUUGUCCACGUCCACAGAGCCAUGGCCACGCCUCUGAUAAGAAGUCAGGUGACCCGGGCGCAGGAGUACCACAGAACAGGUUCGGCCGGUCCCAUCAGGCAGAACAAACAGUCCACACUCCGAGCAGCGCCGGAUCGCAUGCUGCUCGUCGGUGGAGGAUCCAGCCCGGACCGACCCGAGCAGCAGGUGCUGAUGUUCAAUAUGAAAACCAGGACGUUUGCAUCUCUGACUUCCUGUCUGCCAGCGAGGCUGAGGAACCACUGCGUGUGUUCCUUGGGGGGCUUCCUCUUCGUGGUCGGCGGUGAGGUGGUGAGCGAGGCGGACGGGAAGCCGGUCACCGUGGAAACGUCCAAUCAAGUGUGGCGGUACGACCCCCGCUUCGACUGCUGGCAACAGGUGGAGUCCAUGCUGCAGAAUCGGGCCAAGUUCGCCUGCUGCGCCCUGGAGGACGCCAUCUACGCCAUCGGGGGGCAAAACGCAGAUUCCAACGUAUCCACCACGCUGGCGUCUGUUGAGUUCUAUGACAUGGCGGCAGGGGCGUGGAGGAGGGGUGCGCCCCUGCCCGGCCCGCUCCACGGCCAUGCUUGCGCCGUGCUGGACCACAGCAUCUACGUGUCAGGUGGUCUCUCGAGCAACAGCGGCGUGGUCAUGAUCCCGGGACAGAGCCAAAGCAGCAAGGAAGUUCUGCGCUGGGACGGAAUGGGAAGAGCCUGGAAGGCGAGGGCGCCCAUGUCCAUUGGCAGGUUCUCCCACCGAUUGGCGACCGCCCACGGUUACAUCUACGCCCUCCUGGGAAUGUACGAGCCCUUCUGCGACAUCGAGCGCUACGAUCCACGAGCCGAUCACUGGACACGUCUCAGGCCGCUCCUCUCCGCCACCUUCAACUACGGGAUGGCGGCGACGCCAAGCGGGAGUCUGGUGGUGUUCGGUGGGACGAAAUGGAGCAACGCGCGGGAGGUUGUGGUGACAAGCGUGCUGGAGUACGACACAAAGAAAGACCAAUGGAGGGAGAUUGCUCAGCUGCCAAGACCCCUCACGGGAACCGAGUGUACCUUACUUCCGAUGCCCGACUAAAAUGCAUCCAAAUUUGGGUGAAACUGAGUCCAAUGCCAUUGAAUGCACAUUUGCUCCACUACGCCAUUAUUAGCAGCUGGCUAGUUGAACUAAGCUAAUUACCUCACACUUCUAACACAUGGGAGACAAAGCUGGGCGUACAUUGUGCAAAUUAAGAGUGUUUUUAGCAUGAUUCGAGUAAUGCAUUUUUGGAAGAAAUCAAUGCACAAAAGACACAAAGCACUCCAGAUGUUAAACAUAUAGACAAAAAAAAUUAAUUGUGUCCCCUACAGGACUGGAGUGGACUAGCGCCGACCUACAAUGCCAACGCUACAGUUGUUUGCUGUGACUUUGCCAUUGCUGUUUACUCAAGUGUCUAAAAUCCUACGAGGUUCCCCCAGCUUAAGCAGGAAAGCCGAGCCGAGAGAUGUUUCAGGACAAGGUGAGAAAGUUUAGCAGGAUAAGCCGGGUUGUCAAGCAGAGGAGAAAGGUCAGGAGGGUGAAAGAGGAUACACUGGCUGAAUAUUUCCUCCAAAGCGUAGAAGAAAACAUGCAUUUA